GCCUCGAAGGCUGCUAUGAGGGGUCCAACUAUUCUCAAAGCUGAAGAUGACAAGACACGACAGUUGAACAAGCACACACUCAUGGCUUUCUCGGGAGAGGCGGGCGACACUGUUCAAUUCGCCGAAUAUAUCCAAGCAAAUAUCCAGCUAUACACAAUGCGAAAUGAUACAGAGCUUGCACCGAAUGCCGUGGCCAACUUUGUUCGAGGAGAGCUAGCACGCAGCUUACGUUCCCGGAAUCCCUAUACAGUCAAUCUGCUGUUGGGUGGAGUGGAUCCUAUCACUCAAAAGCCUCACCUCUUUUGGAUCGACUACCUUGCCUCUUUGGCCCCUGUCCCCUAUGCCGCCCAUGGCUAUGCCCAAUACUACUGCUUGUCAACGCUUGAUAAGCACCAUCAUCCUGAUAUUACCCUCGAACAAGGCAUGAAGCUGCUAGAAAUGUGUACAGACGAGUUGAAGCGUCGACUACCCAUCGACUAUAAGGGGGUGCUCGUGAAGAUAGUGACCAAAGACGGUGUGAGCGAAGUAGAAUUCGAUAAUGACAAAAUCGUCAAGAGUGCCUAAUGUUGCUGUAUCAUACCAAGCUUUGAUGUUUAUGCGUGUUCGUUUCGGAUUUUAUGGGCCCUGGGAUUUGGUUGCAUUUGAUCCCGGUUUAGUCUCAGCUAGGAUGGCUGCUAGGUAGACAUUAAAACGAGAUGACUUUAUCAAUGAC